CCUUCCUCCUCCCUGUCACAACAUUCCUACCGUUUCAUUAUAAACAUACUCCAAAACAGUUUAAAAUUCGUAAUGAUCCACUGAAAGUACAUCCAAGAAGGUUGAAAGAAGUUAAAGUCUACAAAAAAUUGAAAUAUGGAUCGGGGAGUUUCGGUAACAGAGCAGAGGCUGGCAGAAAAGUUGACGAUUUUGAAUGAUCGUGGAAUUGGAAUGCUCACUCGAAUUUACAACAUCAAGAAAGCAUGUUCUGAUUCAAAAUCAAGGCCAGGCUUUUUGACUGACAAAGCACUGGAUCCAGCAAUCAAGGCCAUUGUUAAGAAAUUUCCCGUAACAGACACCAAGAGUGUUGCACUUCAACCAGUUCACAGCAUCCAGAAUGAGGUUAUCAAAGGACUGUCUAAUUAUUAUUAUACAUUUGUGGAUGUUAUGGAAUUCAGAGAUAACACCAGUGAGCUCCUAACAGAGAUUGAUGCUAGUUUUGUACAUUUUGACAUUACAUUAAACUAUGACUUGACAAAGGCUUAUUUGGAUGUGAUUGUUACCUAUGCCGCACUUAUGAUGCUGGUUGCCCGAGUGGAUGAUCGCAAAGCUGUAUUGGGUCUGUUUAAUCAUGCCUAUGAAAUGAAGAAUGGCAGAGGGGAAGAUUCCUUUCCACGUCUGGGGUCUAUGAUUGUUGAAUAUGAAAGUCCGUUGAAAAAAAUUGCUGAGCAAUUUGUUCCGCAUCAACAGAGAGUGUCAACUGCCCUCCACUCAGUUCAUGAGAUCUAUUUGAGGAGAAAUACUCCAGGAGAACAGUGGCGUCAAACACAGAUUGUUAGCAUCAUCAGUGCUCCAUUACAGAUGCUCAAUCCAGUCACCAGUGAUGUGCCUCCAGUAGAGUACCUUUCACUGGACAGAAUGCAGAAGUGGAUAUUGUUUGGAUACACACUUUGUCAUCAGCAACUUGCCAUGCCUGGUGUGACAGACAUCUGGAAGAUUGCAUUACAAGAUGGUUACUGUGUUACUUUGUUCCGUGAUGAAAUCAUUAUGUAUCACAAGGAGUUUCAAAAUUUACUAGAUGGGAUGAAAGGGUAUGGCAAGCGUGUCAAAGAUAUUCAAGAUGCUAUGACACAUGCAUUAACAACAAGAGGACCAAUUCACAAGGAACGUCGUAACUACCUUAGAACUGCAUUGAGAGAAAUGUCUCUAAUUCUUUCUGAUCAACCAGGCCUUUUGGGACCCAAGAUCAUUGUUGUGCUUCAAGCAUUAAGCAUGACAAGAGAUGAGAUCAUGUGGCUUGUGAGGCACACCUGUAAUCCACCACCAAAAGGGAGAAAGUUGAACCAAGAAGACUAUGUUGACAAUAAAUUACCUCAGUUGCUGCUUUAUGUGGAGGAAGUAAGAGGCAUAAUCCAGAAAUAUGUAUCAGUAUUGCAGCGGUAUUUUGUCCAGUACCUGGGUGGUUUUGAUGUAGCUGUGCUCAAAGAAGUUGUACAGAAAAUUUCAGUCUGUUCUGAUGACAUCUCCAUUAUUAUGACAUCAUUUAUUGAGGAUCUUACACUGCUGAAUGUCAAACAAGUUGAAGCAGGAGACACGUUUGAUUUUGAGAGUCUUCGAUUGGACUGGAUGCGUCUUCAGGCUUAUACCAGUGUUCGUGGAGCAGCACCAGAGUUAAAAGAUAACCGAGACUUGGCAGUGCUCAUGAACAACGUGGCAUUCCACUCCAAACUGGUUGAUACACCAGAAAGGCUUUUGAAUGAGAUCUCUGAUCUGUCCAUUUUCUGUUUUUAUCCCAGCUUUUUUGAGGAUUCAUUUUUGAAGUGUGUGGAGGAUUACAAGUAUUCACGAUUUUCUGUUGCAUUCCCAUUGAUCUGUGGCCACUUCAUGUCUUGUACAAGUGAUUUUUGCCCAGAAGAGCGCCAUCCCAUAGGGGAUCGUAGUUUGGCGGCGGUGAAUCUGUUUCUGGAAUCCAUGGCAAAGGAAGCUAGGAAUAUCUUGAGCCAACUGUGUCCUGAUCAUAUUCACCUCAAUCAGCAGCUAUGGCAGUUGCAAGCCGUUAGUUUGAUGACAGAAUUAUCUUCCGGACCGAAAAAGGACAAGAACAAGAAGAACGUGCAGAACGAGUACGCUCCACCCGGCAGCGAGAGCUUCCGAAAGAGCAGAGAAAAACUUUCAGCUUUGGAUGGGAAACUGAUUGCUUUGACCGAAAUCUGCCGAGCGAUCACGUACACAGAAGCUAUUCCAGUGUGGGAACACAUCUUUGCUCCUCGGGAAUAUCUCAACUCUCAAUUGGAGGAGUUCUUUACAAAGUCUGUGGUGACUAUGGCACAGUUUGAUUCUGAUAACCUUAGGAUUGCACGUCCCUCGGAGGUCCUAAGCAACAUUAAGGCAACAAUGGCUUCCUUGAGGGGUCUUGAGAACCACACUGGUGUAGACAUGGCUCGGUUGUUCAAUCAUGUCUUGUUACAACAAACACAGCCUGAAGACAGCCAAGGAGCUAUAACUAUCACCAACAUGUAUGCUACAUGGUACCUUGAUGUUUUCUUGCGUCGUGUGAUGACGGAUAACAUUGUGUUCUCUCCACGCCGUCGAGCUUUCGUCAACAGACCUGGUCAGUCUUUCAGAGCAGAGGAGUACACGGACGUCAAUGAAUUACAAGCUCUUGCUGAACUGCUUGGUGCGUAUGGCAUGAAAUAUCUGGGACAGAAAAUGAUGCAGCAAGUUGCGAGUCAAGUUGGAGAGAUUAAGAAACUGGUCGUUCUAAACAAAGAUGUGUUGACGAGCCUGCGGACAAGUUUUGACAAACCUGACCAGUGUAUGGAGCUCGUCAGAAGGCUUAAAAAUAUUGAAGAUUUGAUUAUCCGAGUGAUAAUUGUUGGAGUGAUUUUGACUUUCCGUUCUCUGACACAAGAAGCUUUGGAAACUGUUUUGAAAAAGAGAGUGCCAUUCUUGAUGAACUGUAUCGUGGAUUUCAAAGAACAUUUUCCCCACGGAAACAAUGAUCGCCCGCUUGUAGAGGAAAUGGCGACAUCAGCUGGCCUCCAGUGCGAGCUAGACCCAGUCCUUUGCGAAGCUCUUCGCGUCCACAGAGAAAAGAAGUCCGAUGAAGAUUCUGUGGUUUGGGCAUUGUUCUUGGUAUUCGUAGCUGUGGCGCUUCCAUCACUGGCCUACAGAGACUCUUCUGAUUAUAAUGCUGACCUGGAAGCGCAUGAAAACAACGCCCACUGUAUGUCAGCGUCCAUCAGUCGUGUGGCAGGCGCCUUGUGCUUCAACAAUGGAGAUAGUGCGGAGGAAAGACUCAGAGAAUUCUUGGCUAUCGCGUCCUCCAGUUUGUUGAAGCUUGGCAUCGAGGCAGAAAAGGAUCUGAAGGCGCGGGAAUCCACUUAUCUGCUGUUAGACCUGAUCGUCAAAGACUGUCCGUACCUUACAAUGGACGUGUUAGAAUCGUGUUUUCCUUACGCUUUGCUCAGAAACGCCUAUCACGAGGUCUACAAGAGAAAGCUCGAAGUCUGGCUCUAAGCAUGUUCAACUGUGAACUUGAAGCAUAAGAAGCAAAUGAAAUGAAGGAGAAAGUUCACUUACUCUACUUAAAUUCUCAUGAUCAUCCGAUUUAUUUUUGAGACAUCAAUAUAUUGUAUGUAGCUCUCAAGAGGAGAUGUCGAUGCUACUUAAAGCUUUGAUUCGCUGUCAAAUUAUCCCAUAUAGUUUUAUACAAAAUAUGAAAAGAAAUCCAAAGUGAACAUCGUAGCAUUUAACAGCGAAGAUUCCUUCAUUCUUAAUUAUUCAUGUUUGGUAUGGUCUCUCUGUGGUUUUAUCAUUACUAUAAAUACUCAAACGCGGUUAGCAAAUUUUUUUAAGAGUCUUCACAAAUUGCUUCUACCAAUUCUAUUGGUUCGACUGAUUCUUUGCUUUCGUUUCUUCCACUUAUUUUAUGGAAAUAGUUGAUCUUUGCACACCUACUUUCAUGAUGUGUAUUUUUCUGAGUUGUCAGGUAGAUUUUCCUUUUUCCUUCUCAAUUAUGGUGCGUUUCUUUUUUUUAAUUUCAUUUCCUUUUGUUCGUCGAAUGGUCGAAAUAAACUGUCCGUUUGUCUCUGCCGACACUUUAUCGGAGCCUUGAAACCUUAAGUUUGGAAAUGGGUAACUUUCCUAUCAAGGAAUAUUUUGUGCUCCGUGUAUCUAGUUAAUAUUAUUUUAAAUAUAGAAAUAUAUUUUUCAGCGCU